AUGCAUUGUACUCCAUUACAUGCUGCUGCGAAAGCUGGACAAAUUGAAAUGGUUAAUAUGCUUAUUGAAAUGGGUGCUGAUAAAUAUAUUCGUGACGCUCAUGGAAUGCUUUAUAGUACUUAUUUAGAUAAACAUUUUAAACAAUAUAAAAAUGACCCGAUGAAAUAUUCAAAAACAGUGAAGCAGUCAAAUUGUCAGAGUGAAGAAGACGAUUCAAUAAGUCAAAGCAGCAAUCGUUCUCAAAUCUCAAUUAAUUCUCGACAUAAUUAUACCUUUCAAUCGUUCAGGAAGCCUAUUGGUAGAGCUGUUCGCGAUUUCCUUCAUAGAAAAUAA